CUUACAUACUGUUUCCAUACAACUUUCAGUCAGUCUUUUCUGCCCUGUAACUCUUUUAGUUCUAUAUAACUGAAUUUUAUUAACCCUAAUAAGAAGUGGCUCCGAUUCAUAUAAUCUUGCAGAAACCACUGGGUACUAGUUUUCAUAUUUUAUUACCAGAGCUUAGCGGUUGUCAUGGACUCAUUGCGGAAAGAUUCAGACCUAUACAAAGACAUGACCGACAUGUUAAAAAAGGUUUGGAAGAGAUUCAUUCGAAAGCAUAGUGAUAAUUUCAGCGCUGAACUUAAAUUGAAGACAAACUUUCCGUGUCGAAGGCAAGCACACGAAAAUAAUUUAUGCGUAUACUAUAUUAUAGAAAACAUCCAUAGUCUAGUAGGUCACCAGAAGGCGUAUAGCAUAUGGCAAGAGGAACUCUAUGCAAUGCGAGAGACACUUAUACCAGAGGAAAGAGUUUUGGCGAUUCAAGAAGCCAUGUGCGGAUUUAUUGUUCAGGAAGUCCUCGACAAAACAAGAGAAUUCUACUAUGAUGGAAUGUCAAACAUAGAUAAUAGAAGUAAAUAUGAUAAUAUUGAGUAA